GAAAACUGAGCAAUGGCACUAAAGAAUAGGUUCCACCAAAGAAAGUCAAUAAUGGUACAUAGAUGAUUAAGAGACAGGACUAAAGCUCUGUGUUUCAGUAUUUCAACUUUCUAGCCAAAGUGUAAUGUUCCUGAAACUUUUCUCAGCAUUAAAACCCAUUGGGUCCAAACCAUUUGUACAUCAUGAAUGCAUCCAGCAAAACUCUUACUUGAAUAUUCUCACCAAGUCGCGUUAUUUCACCUCAACAAAACCAUUUAUAUGCAGACAUGUAGCUGCUUGGGAAUAUCAAAAUAGAUUUUGCAAAUAUGAUCCGAACUUAAAACAUAUUACAAUGGAAAUAAAAUAAAAUCCUUCUUAUUAAGAAUCAACAGAAGACAAACAUGAUUAGACAAAGUUUUUUAGUAUAAAGUGACACAAAAAAAAAAAAAAAAUUUCAAAAUUCAAUGUCUCGACACAAGCAUCUUGUGGUUAGAGGGGGUAUGGGCAAACGAUACAUUCAGCACUCAAGAAUUCAUGGAAUUGGAUAAGCUCUUUCUGGGUCCCAACUCUCAUUUCAAAAAGGAAACCACUUUCUUAAACAAAAACUAUUACUGUCCAAUUAUAAAAUUCUCUCAGUCCCCACUAAGUAAUCAGUAAGCAUCUCAAGCUAUAUAUAAGACCACUUUGCAUUCCCCAAAACUUUAAGAAGCAAUAACCAAACAAGAAAACCAGAGAGAGCAGACUUUGAUUUAAAGCUUUUUCAAGGAGUAAAAAAUGUCUGUAAAUGAGUUACCUUCUUCAGCUCAAUACUUCCAAGAAGGAUUCCUUGGCGAUUUUGUCUCUAGAAAGCUUCUUCUACACGACCCAUUUGACCACAACUCUCUACGAGUCUUAGCGGUUGCACCAUCUCCUCUCAUAACACAUGAGAACAACCUCAGAGGGAAUGUUCUGAUGCUUCUCUCAGUCCUCAUCUGCGGCAUCAUCUGUUGCCUUGGGUUACAUUACAUCAUUCGUUGUGCAUUCAGACGUUCUUCACGUUUCAUGAUCUCUGAGCCUAUAUCCAGUCUUCCCACACCACGAGGUUCAUCAGACAAAGGAAUCAAGAAGAAAGCUCUCAGGAUGUUCCCGGUCGUGAGUUACUCACGUGAGAUGAACCUGCCGGGGCUUGGUGAAGAGUGUGUCAUUUGUUUGUCGGAUUUUGUUUCCGGUGAACAGCUCAGGCUGCUCCCCAAGUGUAACCACGGGUUCCAUGUUCGUUGCAUAGACAAGUGGCUUCGACAACAUUUGACAUGUCCGAAAUGCAGACACUGUCUGGUUGAGACAUGCCAAAAGAUAUUAGGUGACUUCAGUCAAGCUGAUUCAAUGGCAGCAACACCAACAGAGAGCGUAAUUGUCAGGAUUGCUCCUCUAGAACCUGAAGGAAGAGUAAACACUUUUAGAGAAAGCAGCUAGAUGCAAAGAAAGGCAGAAACCAACAGCAAUUCAGUAUCUGUCAGCAGUUAGAUAGAUGAUUUUAGUUUCUAAAUCAUAGAAGGGUUCCAAAAGAGGAAAAAAAAACACCGGAUACUUCUAUUUUUUAUGUCUUUCUUUUUUGCCUGUAGCACAAAGUGUCGACAGAGAGAAUAUAAUUCACUUUUCAAUACGAGUUCAUCAAAGUUCUUUUGGCAAAGUUA